GCGUGCAACUAUUCCGGACUGUACCGCGGCAGUGUUGACAUCAUUCUGCACCAAAUGGAGUACAAAUUUGAAGCCGUCCCCGAUGCCAGCGAGAAGUACAAAAAACUACGCUUUCCGCUGAAGAUUUGGAUUUUAGUGAACGAUAAGGAAAACUGUUUCAUUCGCUGGGACAAAACCAAAACGAUUGUGCUAAUUGAUGCGAUCGCGUUGGAACGCUAUCUCGGGUCGGACGGUUCCAUUUUUUGCUGCUCUAAACUGUCCACGUUUUUGUGGCUGAUGGAUUUCAACGGGUUCGAACCGUUGGCCAUCGAUUCCACUGCGGUUGAGGAAGAUCCAAACGAAGAUAACCAACGCCUGCUGUACAAACACGCAUCCUUCACAGCAGAAAAUCGAAGUUACUUUGAGCAGAUUUUUCGUUGUCCAGAGCUACGCGACGUGAUCGAUUCACAGAAUGGACACUGUUCUAUCCAUCAGCCAAGAAUCCUGAGAAACCCGAAACAUUACGAAACCGUCGGAUCAGUGGAAGGUGGUGGCCUGACAAGCAGCAUCGCUUCCGCGCAGUUGUCUUCCAACAGCUUUGCCCAGGAGAAAUUCGACCUCAUGAUGGAGAUGAAGUGGCUCGAGCAAACCCUUCGGGAAGCUUACAACACUUUGGCUGAUGGUGGUGAUGACAUGGUUCCGAUAAUUGAGGUACCUGCCAAAUAUUGUGACGAUACUACGGUUGACGUUCCCGAGUACUCGAAGAAGCGUCUCAUCGCGGGUAACUACGGACAAGUUGAAUUGGAUGACUUGAAGCGUUUCUUUGGAGAUUAUCUGCCAGUGUACGACGAUUCCACUGAAGCAAUGAAUUCAACCGAAUGUUUAGAGGAAAUUCCAAGCAUUUCCCCUGGAACUUGUGAGAGACCUGAGUUGUCGACUAUUUCGUAUUCUGAGUCGGAAACGGUGAUGAAUUCUACGAACACGCUAGAGACAUUCGAUUAUCAAGAGCCAAAAGAUAAAUCGGAGAAUUUUGAGCCAGUGGAUCACAGUGGCAUACCACUGGAAAACCCAUCGAUGAAUUUUGUAUUUUCCGAUGAGGAAAAACAUCAGCAGCCCAUUGAGCAGGAUAGCGAAUGCCAGAAAAGACUUGAUGAUUCCCAAUUCAAACUGGGUAUCGAAUUUCGCGAGACCUUCGAAUUGUUGAAUGAUUGUUGAACUGCAUGUAAUUCAGAGAAAUGUUUCUAUUAUUUAGGAUAAGGAUGCUCGAUAUUUAUUUUAAUGCAUGUAUCGAAAAAUUUAAUCCAAAAACUGUACAUGCAUGUUUGGACUU